UCCCUGAUUGGAGUCGAGGUUCACGCUCUGGCCGCCCAUUGGUCCCGGUGCCUGCCAUUCCCCUUGAGCGCGUGCGGGACCAGCGUCCCUUACGGGGACGCUCUCGCGCUCCCAGCGUGCCUUGCGCCAGCAAAGCGCUCGCUCUCCCGACACCCCCUGGGGCUGGGGCUUGUCCCGUCGUGCCCCGCGGCCGGCGCUGGCUUUUCCCGACACCCCCCGGGGCGCGGCGGCGGCGGUCUCCGCGGACAAGAUGGCGGCCCGAGGGGGACGGGCGGCGGCGGCUCCGCAGGGCCCGGGCGGCGUCAACAUCUUCGCCAACGACGGCAGCUUCCUGGAGCUCUUCAAGCGCAAGAUGGAGGCGGAGCAGCGGGGGCGGGAGGCGCCGGCCCAGGGGGGGCAGGAGGCAGCGGCCGCCGGGACGGUGGGGCCUGGGGAGGAGCCGGCGGCAGGGGCGGCCCCGGGGGACUCCGGGACUGAGCAGCAGCGGCCGCCGGAGGGGAAGAAGAGGAGCGGGAGCGCGCUCAGCUUCGUGGGCAAGCGGAGAGGUGGCAACAAACUAGCCCUGAAGACAGGAGUGGUAGCAAAGAAGCAAAAGACCGAGGAGGAGGUUUUGACAAGUAAAGGAGAUGCCUGGGCCAAAUACAUGGCAGAAGUGAAAAAAUACAAAGCCCACCAGUGUAGCGAUGACGACAAAACGAGACCCCUUGUUAAAUAGCCCUUCUUUCUGCUGACUUCCACGAGGACGCUCUGUUGUACAUACUUAUUUAAAACAGCGAAGGAGGGUAGCUAGGCACUGUGAACUUAACACAGCAGUUCCUAGCGUUGGCUCCAAUGGAUGGUUCCCACAGAUGUUUUUUUAUCUAUCCAGGCGCACCGAGACUUUCAUUAGUCUGUCGUUUACUUAGUUUUGGUUUUCGUUGGUUCCUGCUGGGAAGUACGGACUCUGAAUUAGUUGUAGCUUUUAUUUUUUUUUAAAAGAAUCCAAAGUAGUGGAAUCCCGACAAUGUUGUGUAUUUCUGCGGCUGUCAAGCCAAAAUCUAAUCACCAGCUCUCGCGUGUGAGAUACAACUCGCUUCCACAUCCGUACACAACCAAGAACCUGUCCCACCACCCCUGCUCUUCCCUCUCACCCACGGAGGACUCCAGCCGUCUCAGCAAGUUGAGCUUCAUACUAGCUAACUUCUUUGAGUAGAAAUUGUAGGCGGUAGAUGGUGGGCGUCAAACUCCAUUAUUAAAGGUAAAUGUGGAUGCCGCAGUUGCAUUUACUCAUUAAAGACCUUGGAUAUUUUUAAGCUG